UGAGCAGGCAGCCAUGUUGCCAGCCGCGCCGCUGCUGCUCCUCCUGGCCGCCAAUGGCACUUGGCAGCUCGACUGCGUGUGCAGCCGCAUCGGCCGCGCCCCGGAGCGGAUCAGUUACGGCGAAAAAGUGCUGCAGAGGACGUACUGCAAGUAUAUCCACAGUUAUCUUCUGUACGAAACGUGUGAGACUUUGGAGCCGCCAUCCAGUGUGGUGCCGGCCGUGGCACGCCUGAUACCGCGCAGCUGGAGCCGUGGACAGCCGCCACCUGCAGAGGGAGGCCCACCAGCUGGCGACAGGGAGGGGAAGAGCGAAGGGUGCGACGGCGCCCUGGAGGCCGUUCGCCGCCUCAGGAACACCACGGCGGGCGAACUCACCAGGAGCCUCGAGAGCCGCAUCGCUGCCGACUGCAUCCGCGCCUGCUCUCUUCAGGGGUUGGACCACACGGCAUGGAACGUGGACACGCUCACGACGGACCACCUUAGGCAUACAGUCCUCUCCCAGUUGCUGCACGCUGUUCGGCGCAUCACAAAAGUCAUGACCAUCAGGAACGUCUUAACUCACAGACUUCCAUGGAAAUUAAGGAACACUAACAAAACUGAGUUCCUGACCGAGAUGAAGGUUUACCAGGACUAUGCCUCCAACUACUGGCGAGAGAAGGCGCAGCUGUUUUCACUUGGUGUGAAGCUCAUCUCACAACUGUUCGUUCCUCUCGCAUUCGAACACCUGGAUACAUACCCGAAUGAUCAGCGACUCCACAGAUGGAUUGAGAACAUGGGACGGCUGGCAGACAUGCUGCACACGAGGCUGAGGGGUUGGGCACAGGACGUGCAGUCCAUCAGCGAGCAGAUAGCGAACUACAGGGUGGAAGAAGACCAGAAGAGCCCUGGGAGUUACAUAGUCAGGAAACCACUGCUAAAUCAUGAGCUGCUGUUCCGCCAUGAAGAUUACGUCUCAUUUCUCGACGACUUUAGUGCGCCGUGUGAGGAGCAACAGCCAAAAGCGUCACAGAUGUUUGGUCUAGCUGCCGCAGUUUACUCCUUCUAUCGUGAGCACUGGUUCAAUGAAGGAGUGUACUACAGCCGGCGUAUUCCAGCUCAUAUCAGCAUUGUAGAUGAAGAGUGGCAGCUGGAGGACAAAAGCAACGUCACACUCUCCGUGGACACCGGCUGCAUGCAGCUGUUGGCGGACGCCCUCGACCACCCCACGUGUCCACUGGACGAUCCGCCACCGGAAACCAUCCAGCAGCGCCGGCAGUGCCGCGAGCAGCUGUGGGACGACAUGGUGCAGAGGUCGCCCCACAUACCUGUCACCAGCUACCUGGCCUACACGCAGAGGGCGAACGUCAACCUCUGCCUCUUGGCCUGGAUGGCUGUCAACUCGCUGGGCAUUUGCCAGGACGUCCCAUUCAGUGUGGUACAGUCCGUCCAUGAUGCUCGCUGCUAUUUCGACAGCCCUGACGACCAGCCCUGCGUGCAGUCGAACGCCACAGACGCCAUCUGCUCUGUCUCCAGAGCUAUUCUGCUGCUAAAGUGUCGCGAUUUUUCUUCCUCUACGCCGCCAGACAUGUGCGUCGUCAGAUUUUACACAAAUGGAUCGUACGCGACGACGGCCAAUGCAACGUUGUCUGUCACGAACUAUAAAUGGUACGGAAAGCCAACAGAGAGAACGCUGCGUUAUAAAGACAGUUUAAACAGUGCCACUUUGAAAUACAAAGAUUUUAAAAUCGACGACUUAAAACCUCUAGAAAUGUCAUUUAUAGGACUGAACAUCAUUUUCCGCAUUUUCACUGCUGGAGCGUAUGUGUACCUUCCCCAGUUACGUAAUUUGCCCGGUAUGAUAUUCUUGUCCUUUCAGAUCACGGGUAUAGUCCAGAUCCUGUGUUCUGAGAUCGUGUAUCGUGUGGCAGGUGUCCCUAACUUAUCUACGAUGGUACUAAUCGAUAGCGCCCUCACACUUCUCAGCUGCAUCUGGCUAAAUUCGUUCUGCUACCAAAUGUACGCAUGCGUUCGCCAUCUCAGGCUUCCUAAUGACCUGCUACCUGCUGAAGCGAGGAAGAUACUCUGUCGUCAGGUGCUGUGUGUGCUAACAACCUGGACUAUGGUGUGCAUGGGAAGCAUAGUUAUGGAAAGUACCAGCAAAUACUUUCUUUUACACAGCCGGAUAAUAUACCUCACGGGGAUUUCACUGUCGAUAAUUUUCAAUUUGGUUUGUCUCGGACUGAUUGGAUACAUGUACCUGCGUACCAACAAAUCCAUGUGUAAACUCAGUAUUUCCAGUAACACGAAACUCGGCUCGAAGAAACAACUCAUCUACCUGUCAGUUAAAACCGUUUUCUUAAGUGGGAUUGGUAUAAUCAUUAGAAUCGCUUUCCAUCAGGUACAAGACAUAGCACAGAUUGUGUAUUACGUACAUAUUGCCACAAUGAUGCAAGGACCCCUACUGUUUGUGUUUUUCAUUUGUAACGAAACAGCCCUCCCUGUUCUCAAGUACAAAGUACUAGCAUGUUGGAAUCCAGAAAUCGUCAGUUUAGGGCAGGAGUUGUGUUCUUCAGCUGAGAGAAAUCUGGCGAAAAGGAGCAAUGAACGGCCUCUGGCUGCAGAAUCAUCGUUGUAAUCGCCGUGAGAGCUAUCAUCCUCAAGGGACUGACUUCUUUGUAGAGUGUAUAAAGGUAGAAUCUAGCCGAUAUGGCAGAAUUAACUGUGACCAAUAUGGUACAACCAGUGCCUCAGAUUUGUAAUUUGUUCUUUGUAUAAUUAAUUUAAUCCUUAUUUGUACAUGCCAGAUUUUCUCUGCAUAUUUUAAUGCACUGGGAUUAAGUACUUACUGACUGUAAUUGAUUCUGAAUUAAAUUAAGAGGAAACUUCUCGCUCUACUUCUUCUAACCAGUUAUAUGGCGAAACUCUAGAAUUUAAAUAAAGACAUUUUAUGACAUCUAACGUUUGUCAAAGACGAAAAUUAUACAAGAACUUCCUGUUUACUGUAAAUUAUUGUAUACAAGAACUUCCUGUUUACUGUAAAUUAUUGUAACCACCGUUAUAUAAAGUGAAGGCAACCUAAUGUACACUUACAGUGGAUGUACCGGUAUCUUUGUCCUUUCCCCUGAUUCAUAUUAAGCUGUUAACAGACCUGAGCAUUUGCCAAAUUUUUUCGAACUACGUAAUCAUUUAGUACAUUAUUAAUUGCAGAGUCAUCGCUUGUCUCUUGCCCCACUGCAAAUGGAACAGCCUGAGAUUCGAUCUUCUAUUGCUCCUCGGAAUUACCUUUUGCUCGCAGUUUUUCAUAACUUUCACCUCAUACGAUAUUGUACAGCAUUACACUCCAGUUUGAGACGGAAUUUUUCAUUCACAGUAUAUUUAUGUGCAUAUCCGAUUAAUUAUUAACAUCACUUAUCUUAUGAGAAACAUGCAAAUGUUAUACAAGUGUGUAAAAGUUGUGUGUCUAUAUGAUUUGUAUUUCAAUAAGUAUGCCAAGGAAAAUUAAUGUCAAUGUGAAAUCAGAGAAAAAGAGACAUUGAGACUCUUGAAUGGAAGUAGUGUGUCGAUAAGCGUUUAAAAGCAUUAGUGAUUGGAAGUUCUAAUCGAGAAACUGGCAGAAGACGUUAUAGUAAAGGACACUGAUAAUUAAUUGUAUGUGUGAAAUGCGUUUUGAUAUGAACGCAAAACAUUAAAAGAAGCUGUGUUGCAUGGGAAUGGAGUCUGGUGUUUGAGAGACGGAUUGGUGACUUGUUGAGCGAGAGAUAGAUGAAGGAAGACGUCAGAAAUUAAUGUGUACCCUGUGUGGUAGUCUUAAACAAGAAAGAAUGUUCUUUAAAAUGUCAUUUGUGCAAAUGGAAUUGUGGAUGGAAAAAUAUGUGCCAGAAGUUAAACUAAAAGUGCAUAAGUUUUCCACCAAUUUUAUUUAAUUUGUCAUCAAUAAAAAAUCGCCCAUUAACCGUAUGUCGGUACAUUGAGUGCAGUUGCAGAUGAUUUAAUGAUGUUUGUCCUUUUAUUAUAAACAGAUAGGCUGCACACACAAGUCACUUACUAACAUUUUUUUAAAUGGAAGCAAGACAUAAAAAAUAAAAAUUUUCAACUAAAAUUCUGCAGCUACACAAAAAACUCCAGAUCAUGAAAUUCGUUAUCAUUACUUUUAGUUCUUUUCAUUCCUUUAUAUUUUAGUUUAAUUUCUCCAUAUUUAAUAAAUUGGAAGUCCCAGGUAUCUAUUAUUUUAUUUAACAUUUCAGGUACAUUAAUUUUAAAUUUAUUAUCGAGCUCAAGAGCAAUUUUAUCAACAUAUACAGCUUUUAAACGUUCAGAAUCAGUAAUGUAAUAACACUCAUUUACAUCAAGCUUACUAAUCUUUUUAAACAGAUUAGAAUUGCUUGCAUGAUUGAGCUUCUUCAGUAGAGUGUCCAUUUAUAUAGAACAAACGUUUAAUAAUCUUUUAAAUUUUUAAUCUUUAUAAAUAUGACUGACGUAUGGGAUGAAUUUCAAUUUGACAUCUUUGUCAAAAGAUGUAAUAAUCCAAGAGAGAAAUAAGUUGAGUGUAAUACUUGCAAAGCAUAUUUUAAACCAUCAUUAAUUAUAGAACACUUGAGAAGUCAGGAUCAGAGCAAACAUGUUAGAGUAUUAAAGAGAAUUUACGGAGAAGAAUAGGAGAAGUACUUUGAUAGUUAUGAGGAAACAGAUAUAGAAAUAUGGGAGAAAAUAGAAAAUUACGAUUCUGUCUUUUCUAUUAUGGUGAAGCAAAUAGUGAAUUCUAAUUUCCCAAUUAAUAAUUUACCUACAAAAUUACAUUAAAGCCUAUUUGUUAUUUUUAAAAGUUUGUCAUUCUAUAGCCAAAAAGUUUGAUAAUGUAGAAUACAACAAAAUGGAACUAACUAAUUGAUUCUAUUUUUAUAAGGAAUGUGGUAUGAAUUUUUUUCUUUACGUUACAAGAUAUAUUUAAUUUUUAAU